UCCCGAAGUACUGGUUCGCUCGCGAGAGUUUGGCGCUGCUAGGAGGCUCGGCGGGUGGGCGGGGCAAGGCUCGAUGGGGCGGGGCUGAACGAGGCGGGCGGGACUCCCGGUGGGCGGUGGCGGCGGCAGCAGCAGCCUCGCGAAGGUUCUAGAGCCGCCGCGUGCGGAGGGCGGGCGGUGACCGCGCACGGGGCCGGCUGUGCGCACAGGCUGCCGGCAUUGCGACUCUCGCCGUGGGGUCUGCCCUCGGGGUGAGCGCGCGCGGUGCGGCAUUUCCUGUUCCCUCCUCUGCGUGGCUGCAGCUUGGGCCUUCGGCCUGACCCAGCCGACCAUGGCCUCAGCUCUGGAAGAGCUACAGAAAGAUCUAGAAGAGGUAAAGGUGUUGCUUGAAAAAGCCACUAGGAAAAGAGUACGUGAUGCCCUUACAGCUGAAAAAUCCAAGAUAGAAACAGAAAUCAAGAACAGGAUGCAACAGAAAUCACAGAGGAAAGCAGAACAUCUUGACAAUGAAAAGCCAGCUGCUGUGGUUGCUCCCAUUACAACGGGCUAUACGGUGAAAAUCAGUAAUUAUGGAUGGGAUCAGUCAGAUAAGUUCGUGAAAAUCUACAUUACCUUAACUGGGGUUCACCAAGUUCCCGCUGAAAACGUGCAGGUGCAUUUCACGGAGAGGUCAUUUGAUCUUUUGGUAAAGAAUCUGAAUGGGAAAAGUUACUCCAUGAUUGUGAACAAUCUCUUGAAACCCAUCUCUGUGGAAGGCAGUUCAAAAAAAGUCAAGACUGAUACAGUUCUUAUCUUAUGUAGAAAAAAAGCAGAAAACACACGAUGGGACUACCUAACUCAGGUUGAAAAGGAAUGCAAAGAAAAAGAAAAGCCCUCCUAUGACACCGAAACAGAUCCUAGUGAGGGAUUGAUGAAUGUUCUAAAGAAAAUUUAUGAAGAUGGAGAUGAUGAUAUGAAGCGAACCAUUAAUAAAGCCUGGGUGGAAUCAAGAGAGAAGCAAGCCAAAGGAGACACAGAAUUUUGAGACUUUAAAGUCCUUUUAGGAACUGUGAUGUAGAAAUAACUGAUGUUUCCAGUAAGGGAAUGUUAGUGAGCUGCACAUAUAAAUUUGACACAUUCGACUAUUUACACAGCCUUCUCCUAAGUAAAGGCAAUGAAUUCUCCAUUUCCUACUGGAGGAUUUAUUUAAAUAAAAUAUGCUUAUUAAACAUUUCCUGCAAAGACGGUUUCAUUAGUACCCUGGUCAUUUUGUUCAAGAAAGGAUUAUAUUGCAUUCAUGUGUGAAUGUAAAAAAGCAAGUCUUGCCUGAUGAAGAUGUUACAUUGUGUGUAUUUUUGUUAAGCCAAGAGGUAGAAAACAAAAGUAUUUGCUUGCCUUUAAGUUACGGACGUCAGCUGCCACCAAUGUAAGAGUAAGUAAGAGUAAAACCUGAAUUUUUGCAUAAAAUACAAAUCUGUACUUGAAGAUUGCUGUAGAGUGGCUACUCCCUUAUUACUAGCUUAAGCAGUGCAUAUGCCAUGUACUCAUAAUCCAAUCACAAAUAUUUCUAUCUAGAUUUAAAUAUAUUUGUUUAUGAAUAUAGAAUAGAAACUCAAUCGAAACUUGACAAGCAUGAACAUCUUUGUAUAGUACCAAUUAGUAAGUCUUGCCAUAGAUCAGCUAGCUUACAAAAGUAAUAACCAUAAAGCAAAAAGUAAUUAAUGUGAAAGUCCAUCUAUUCCUUAUUCCUAUGUUCAAUAAAGUUAAAAUUUUCUUCA